CACACAAAAAUGUCUGCCAAACCAUCAAGCACCAGUCCACCAAAGACUUACAAAGCACCAGCCAUUACAACAACCAAGGCAAAUGCAACAAGUGCCAUUUUAAAAACUGCAGCAAAAUCAACAAGUACUCCAAAAACAACUGAAAGGAGAACAACGACAACCAAACCACCACCAACUACUCUAGCAUCUCUGGAUCCUCCCACAGAAAAAGAGGGAUACCUUUAUCUAAAAUUUAGAAUAGUGCGGAUUUUCAUUCCAGAUUACAAUGAUAAAUCAACAUCUGCUUAUAAAGCACUGGAACGGAAUGUAACAACUGAGCUUAAUCGGGGAUAUAGAUAUGUGUUCCCAACUAUAUUUUUGAGAGUGUUUAUCAUAGAGUUUUGGCCUGGCUCUGUGGGGGUAACAUCUCAGCUAAUUUUUCAAAACCAGAGUGUGGUCCCGAACAUAACAGAUGUAGUGGAUUCUUUGAAAGACACAAUUAAUGAAUACAUUGUCAACUUGAAUGUCAUCACAUCCAGUAUUUCUGCUUAUCCACGAAAUGAGACCACAUCAGCCACCACUCCGAGUGUCACGACAGGGGCUACGACAAUGGAAAGCAGUCAGUUUGCUACAACCAUUUCAUCUGCCAGUUCAGUGGCACAAAGCAGAAACAAUGAAAUGGUCAAUUUCUUUCUUCUCUGUAUCCUUGUUAAAUUCUUUUUGAUAGAGCUUUAAUACUUACAUAACUGUUGUAUAUAUUUUAGUAAAUAGCACAUAACCAACUGUUACAAUUAUAUUAUAUAUUAUUGCUAAUAUAUUGUAAAAAAAAAAAAAAAAGUCAUUUAGGGAAAUAAUUUAAUGAUUAAAUUCCACAAUAAAUUUGAUGUACUAUAUGUAUUGUUGUAAAAUAUUUUUUCAUAUAUAAUUUUUAAAGCACUCGUAAAUCCAUGACAAUGAUGCCCAACCACUUACAUUACUGUUUAGACGAAUAAACAUUCAGCAGUCUUUUUUUUCUUUAUUUUUUCCAUAGAACAUUUUGAAUUGCACAGAAAUGGUUAUAGAAUGAUUAUGAAAAUAUUGUCAUCAAGCUAUUUUUAAUAACCUUAAAAAAAAGGUUAUAUCUCUUGGUAACUUCCUCCAAUUAAAAAAUGUACACUUCACAAUGUGUACAAUAUUUUUAAACAAGCUUGUGAUCAUUUAUUUAACAAAUAUAUUGCUCAUUGCUAUGGUUAUUGUAUUAACUAAGGAAGGUUAUUUAAAAAGUGUUAACCGAUCAUAAUGAAAAAGUAGAUUUUUGAAAGUUGAUCAUUUAAAAAGUUGAUUUUUGUAUGUACUGAAAAAGUCGCUAAAUCAAUAAAACAUGCAUAAUAAACUUUUUUUUCCUUUCGUCAUAAUUAUAUUCUUCAUGAUCAUCAUAUUCAAAUCAGACCUGGUACUGCAAUAUAUAUCCUUGGUAUCUGUAAUAGACAUAGCCACUUCCAAUUCUGUAAUUUACUCAGAUUUUGACAAACGUGGCUCAAAAAGAAAAAAAAAAAAGCCUGGUUCCUGUAGAACAGAAUUUUUAGUUUUGAGUGAACAGUCACUAAGAAUUACAGAAAUGUAGCUUUUCACCAUUUCUGACUAAACACCAAAGUACAGGCAGUUCCACCACAAUAUCAUUCAAGAGGUUGAAC